AAAGGCGAGGCAGUUUAUCAAAGUCUCUCAAGCUGCCAGUGCCGAGUGAUAAUGUCAGAAACAAGUGAUCGGUCAUCUUUUCUUGUCAAGAAAGUCAGGGACAGGAGAAAUGACAAUACUAGUUCAUCUUGUGAGUCUGAUAUUGAAAUUGUCUUUGAUUCCAAGCAUGGUGUGGGAAAUGGAGGGGAUGUUGUGAUUGAAGGCUCCAAUUUGAAGAUAUCUCCAUGUAGAAUAGCUAAUAUUGAUCCACAUGAUAAGAGAUCUACUUUUGUUAGUACAUAUGAACCUCAAAAAAUUCAUUCUCCCCAGGAUGGUUUUGUUUUAAUGGAGGAAAGUUUUCCAGCAUGUCCUGGUGUAAUUCAACCUUUAGUAUGGCGCUGGCCCAGUAUAGACAAGAUGACAAAAUUUAAUAGAAGUGAUCUAGAUUCAAAAUCUGCUUUUGCAAUUUUUUCUCCAGCUACAGCUGUAGGCAAAAAUGAAGAUAGGAUUCUGUACUUUUGGAUAGGGAAGUUUUAUCAUCAUGAAAAAAGCUUGAUUCAGUUAGAUAGCAGGCAGGUGCUAAGGGAUAGAGAUGAUAUUGACUGGAACCAAGUUGGUUAUGAUGUUCUAACUCAAGUGGGUCUGCCAGAGGACAUCCUUGUGAAGAUUGUCAAAGAAGAUGAAGAACCAACAGAAUUUCUUGAGUUGCUGAGGACAUUUUAGCUCUGCUGCAAUUAAGGAGAAACCUACAAGCCAAUAGAUUUUAUAAAUCAUCUUCC